AUGAGGAUUGUGAAGGAGAGAUCUGAUUUAUGUUAUUUGGUUUCUGCUGCAAUCAAGACCACUUACAAUACACGAAGUCCAGGCGGAGUCGAGCGAUGCAUCGAUGUGUUGAAUCAGUUGAAGUAUCUGUCUCUUUCAGUCAAGGAUAUUCAACUGUCUGAGUCCAUAUUUAACCUUGAGAUUCUAAGAAAUCAUAGGAACCCUAAGAUCUGUAAGGAAGCUCAAGCCUUGUUUAAUUCAUGGAUGAAGACACUCUACGCACAAGGAGGAGACAAGCCUCUCAAAGCUGGUCUGAUUCUGGACAAGAUCUCUCUGAAGCCGAAGAAGCAAAAGCCACAGAAAGCUGCGAAAGAUUCUGCAAACCCUAAAUCUGCAAUCGUGACGACUAAAACAGAGUUGGUGGAGCUGAAGAAGAAGAAAAGAGAGUUGGUGGAGCUGUUUGAAAAGGCACAGAGAUCUGCUAAUGUGGCAAAAGCUAAGGGUAUUCUCUUGGGCAGAGCAGAAGCGUCUCGUUGCGUAGAAGCUCUCUCAUUACUCAUGAGAAUCAAUCUCACUCCAAAAGCUACAGAACCAAGGAGGAUGGUGGUGAGGCUUGAAGGACUCACAAAGCACAAAGACCGCAAGAUCCGUGGUGCUGCAUUACCUCUUCUUCAGCUUUGGAGACAGAAGAUCAGAGAACAAGAACGUAAAGAUUCAUUCACGAAGACGUUUCCUAAGAAUCCUCGUAAAGCUCGUUAA